AUGGGAGUCAGGGAUCGCGGCGGAGAGGAGCGGAAGUCUGGCUUGGAGCGAGACGUCUCACGAAAUAAGUUCGCUCACGGACGCGUUUUGCUUGCGCACUCUCGCGGAGAGUGUCUCGUCCCCGGACCUCGCCGCAAAAGCAACAACGAGCGCGCGGCGCAAGGCGGGAGGCGCUCGAACCCCUCUCUGGUCGCGGCUCGCGGUACCAAACACGCCCCCUGCUACCGAGACGGAGACUGGUCCUCUGAAGACGAACUCAGCCGGAAGAGGCCGAAGCCCGACCGCUCGUUGUAUCCAUGGAUAGUCAACAAGCCCAUCCCCCCUUCCUCUGUUCGACCGAUUGUCAAGCGCCUGGUAGAGCAGUACCGCAACUUCUCCCUCGACAUCAUGUCCACACUCACCAAUCUCCUCAACUCACCUGGACUCCCGGAGUUAACCGCAUGCGAGUGGGACAACAUUUUGUGCGGACGACCCGUCGACCUCGACCAGGUCUUCAUUAGCCGAUAUCCAACCGCCUCCAGUUCAGUCAAAUCCUCCGGCGACCGGUUCGCUGCGUCGCAGGACGCCAGCGCCGCCUACGCCUUCGCUCUUCCCGAGCUCGCGCCUGUCUGUGUCACCUACGGAAAACAAAUCAUAUCCCUCUUCGCAUCCUUGCACGAAUCCCUUGCAGGACGGGUCCUCGAUUACGACCGAGCAAUUCGGAAACGUGUCGCAUCCAACCGCAACCUUCUCUUCUCCGACACGGCCGAGUUCUUCGACCUCCGCCUCCAGCACAUCGAAUCUGCAGGUGCGACCGUCGUGGAAGCAUCCACGAGCCACGUCUCCGAGUCUCGGCAGAACCGAGGUAGCCUGUGUCGCCGUUUCAACGAUGGCCGCGCGCACGAGCUUUCCACGUGCAAGUACAAGCACAUCUGCUCGCUCUGCCGCUCCAGCUCCCAUUCCAAGUCCCAAUGCCCUACGACUUCGUUUUGA